AUGUACACCCGGAACCCUUCAUUAUACCCCUUGCCUAGUGAGGAGUUACUCCAGAUACAUUCCAAGAUUGCUACUGCAUUACAUCUUUUCUCUGUUGAAGAUGAUAUUUCUCUCGGCUGGCUGCGAUCACCUUACACUCAGAUUAGCAAACGAUUCUACCCGUAUCGGGGUUCGUUAGUACAGCAACUUCCAUUCGGACUAUACAUGAAGAACUGUCACCGGGCUCGAUAUAACGAAGUAAAAGCCCUUCAGAUCAUUGAACAGCACACAUCGAUACCCGCCCCGCUAUUCAUAGACACAUUCGAGCAUCAGGGAAAAGUCAUGCUGGUAAUGACUCGGGUGAGAGGCCAGCAAUUGCAGGAGGUAUUCUACCGGCUAUCGUACCCGGAACGCACACAGCUCUCAGCAGACCUGCACUCAGCCAUCAAACAACUCCGAGCAAUCCCAAACACCACCCCCCACCGCUUUGCUAAUGUUCUAGGCGGUCCACUUCUGGAUGUACGCCUACCGGACUCUCACGACCGGGCGCGUGGGCCCUUUGACAACGAGUUGGAUUUCCACGACGCGCUGAUCCACAAGUUUAUCUUUGCCGAGACGAAACAGGCUGUUGCUCACGUUCACUCCCGAUCGUAUCGGUCGUUCUUCUCGCAUGCUGAUUUGAACUUUUAUAAUAUCAUUAUUGAGCGUGGGAAGUUGUCUGGUAUCGUGGACUGGGAGUGUGCGGGAUAUUAUCCUGAAUACUGGGAGUUUACGAAGGGGAUAUAUAUUAUAGAGGGAGCGGCGGAUAGGGAGAAGAUUAUACGAGAUGCGUUUCCGGAUGAAGAUUACCAGGAUGAGCUUGAGGCUGAAAAGGUGUUGUGGUUCGCUGCGCCGCCGUGGGUCUAG